AUGGUGAAAAGAUUUGCAAGAAAAUACAAGUUGGUAGAGCGCAAGGCUCUUAACCUUGUGGUCGUGGGUUCGAGCCCCACGUGCCGAUUUUGUGUGAACCGUACACACUAUCACACACAACCUUAUUCUACACACACUACUCUGUCAAACCCAAUCGAAGAUCAAAAACCUCCUUCUGCGAUUCUUGCUCCUUCACUUUCUCACAAAGAGAUCAAAAGUUCUCGCGAAACUGCCAUGAGAAACGAAGAGUUUGGAGCUUGUUUGAACGGGUUUCCUAAUCUUCACCAUUCCAACCUCAUGCCACAACCUUCCACUGCUUCCACCAACGCCUUCCCGAUGUGGGGCGAGAACAACAUGAUCAACGACAACCAUGAUGUUGAUGUGUUGUUGUCUAAUGAUUUUGCUAGAAUGAGUAUUUUAAAUGAACAAGGGAAUGGUGGAAACAAAACCAGAGGACAUGGACAUGGACAUGGAUAUGGUGUUGAUGUUAUGGACUCAUGGUACACACAUGCAUUCCCACACUCACAGUCCAACUCACACUCACUCUCACAAACACCUAGUAAUUCUUUGGAUAGAUAUGCACAUGUUGGUGAAGAAAGGGGUUCCCCAUGGUCUGUUUGGGGUGUGACGGCUUCUUCUGAUGUCAAGGGGCACACUUUUGGACCCCCAGUGGAGUCUAACCAAAGGAGGAGCACUUGUUAUGGAAACUUUCAAAUGCCGAACCCGAUUCUUGCCAGAGGGGGUUUUGCAAUGGAUUAUGAUGUGAGUAGUCCUUUCAUGCUCUCUCAAAGUCAAUCCAUGAUGCAACAACCCAAGCUUGCUAUGAAUGUGAACACUCCAUCGCGGCAUUUUUUCCCUGCAGUGAAAGAAAGAGCAUCGACAAGGGUGGUUGUAGCCCCCAGUGGUGAAUUUUCCCAUUCUAGAGGGGACCCUAUGGCGUUUCAAUGUGAUGGUGGUUUUAUCAUGCAAGAGAAGGAUGUAAUAUGUUGUGUUGGUGGUAGAGGGUGCAAUUCUUUGAGGGGUUACAGAGAGAGUUUACCUUCGCCAGCUCACGCAGUGGCAGAUGAAGUUCCUCAAUUAAUUUCUUCUCGUGUUCCUACCAGACAGGAAAAGAAUGGCGCUCUUGCAAGUGAUGUUUCUCUUUCUCCGAGGCCAUUGUUGUUCAAUUUUGGCCCUUUGGUUAAGUUCGAAGGUUACAUUUACCACCUGGCAAAGGAUCAGAACGGUUGCCGUUUUUUACAGAGGAUGGUUGAUGAGGGCACCUCUGAAGAUGCACAAAUAGUGUUUAAUGGAGUUAUAGAUGAUGUUGUUGAGCUUAUGAUGGACCCUUUUGGGAAUUACCUUGUGCAAAAGCUGAUUGAUGUGUGUGCAGAAGAUGAAAGGCUGCAGAUUGUGUCAAUGUUGACUAAAGAACCAGGGCAACUAGUCAAAACCUCUUUCAAUACACACGGGACUCGGGUGGUUCAGAAGUUGAUUGCGACUGUCAACUCUAGAAAUCAAAUUGCAAUGCUGAGGUCUGCCAUUCAACCUGAUUUUCUUGAUCUUAUUAAGGAUCUGAAUGGAAAUCAUGUUAUACAACGUUGCUUGCAAUACUUUAGUUGUAACGAUAAUGAGAGGCAGGAGUUUGUUGUAAACUAUCAUGGUUACGGUUAUGAUAGAUGGUUGUAUAAACAUAAAGGAAAUACUAUUUCAGAGCUUUCUAGAAAUUUUAUUUUUGAUGCUGCUACAAAUUUCUGUGUCGACAUAGCUACUCAUGAACAUGGGUGUUGUGUACUACAACGUUGCAUUGAUUACUCCAUCGGAAAGUACCAAGAUAAGCUGAUAAAGGAAAUAUGUAGACAUGGGCUUAUUCUUGCUCAAGAUCCAUUUGGAAAUUACGUUGUUCAGUAUAUUAUAGAGAUGGAGAUAUCAAGUGCCUCAUCCAAGCUGCAUUCUCAAUUCAAAGGGAAUUACGUGAACCUUUCCAUGCAAAAAUUUAGCAGUCAUGUGGUUGAAAAAUGCCUCAUGCAUAUUGCAGAGAGCAGGUCCAGAAUAGUCCAAGAAAUGUUAUCGUUUCCUCACUUUGAGCGGUUAUUAGCAGACCCAUAUGCCAAUUAUGUUGUUCAACGUGCUCUGGGAGUGACCAAGGGUUCUCUCCAUACAUCUCUAGUGGAAGCAGUUCGACCCCACAAAAUCUUGCGCACCAACCCUUAUUGCAAGAGGAUUUUCUCGAGGAACCUACUUAAUAAGUGA